AAGAGGAAGAAGGUUCAAAAAAAGAAAAUUGACCUUUGAAAGCUAAACAGCAGGUGGAGAGGAAAAACCAGGCACAGCUCUGGAUUCAUCGAGGAGAAAAUAAAUGUAAAGAAAAAAGUAUUUUUUUCUCAACUGAAGAGGGAUUACAAAUAUGACAGCACGUGGCUUUACCCAUCUGGCCAAGCUCUUGAGUGUGUAACCGGCACAUAUGAGAGCUGAGAGUUUGUUUGCAAAGCGUGAGCAGGUAAGGCAUUAGAGCAAUGGAGGGUGAGGAAAGGCCUGCCAUGGCGAGGUCGAGCCGUCUGACGGCCCUUCAGGAGCAGCUCAUCUGGGCCCUGCUAGAAUCGGGCCUGUCUCGGGAAGUCUUGAUCCAUGCAAUGGGGGAACUAGAGCGAGACAGGGCGAAUGGAACAGACAAAGGAGAGCGGGGGGACGGGGAAAGCUCCGAGGAAGGAGAGAUGGAUUACCCACCACCGAUAUUCCGAGAUUUGGAGAAGCUUGCCCCAGAAGAGGCAGCCAAACUGAGGGCUGAAGUCGAACGGCUCCUGCAAGAGGACCCAUGGCAUGUUGCAAAAAUGGUGAAAAGCUACAUGCAACAACACAAUCUCCCCCAAAGAGAAGUGGUAGAGUCCACAGGACUUAAUCAAUCGCACCUCUCCCAGCAUCUCAACAAAGGCACACCUAUGAAGAACCAGAAGAGAGCCGCACUGUACAGCUGGUACGUCAAGAAGCAGUGCGAAAUCAGCCAGCAAUUCACCAAUGCCAAACAUGGCCUCACAUCAUUGGAGGAGCCAGGUGAUGACUCCAGGAGGGGUCGGAGGAACAGAUUCAAAUGGGGCCCAGCUUCCCUGCAAAUCCUUUUCCAUGCUUACGAACGGCAAAAAAACCCUAGCAAAGAGGAGAGAGAAGGUUUAGUGGAGGAGUGUAACAGGGCAGAGUGUCUCCAAAGAGGAGUAUCCCCUUCACAGCUUGCUGGUCUGGGGUCAAACCUGGUCACAGAAGUCAGGGUGUACAACUGGUUUGCAAACCGCCGAAAAGAAGAGGCUUUCCGGCACAAACUGGCUCUUGAUGGGCCAUUUACCAGCCAUUCGGGUUCUUCUUCAAACCACCUUUCUUCUAGUCCAGAACUCAGUGCCAAAUACAGUCAUCAAAUCCAAUGUGAGACCCUGAACUCAGCCAGAGCUAGUGGAGGGGAAAAUGUGGGACGUCUUGUGGCAAGUCCUGUCCAGCUGGAGCCAAGCCACACACUCCUUGAGAGCCACCAUCCCAAACUGGUUUCCAGUGGAGGCCCACUUCCCCCUGUAAGCACUCUGACCUCACUUCACAGUUUGUCCUCAUCGCCUGCAUCUUCGCAAGGCCUAAUCAUGGCUUCCCUGCCUAGUGUCAUGAGCCUUGGAGAGUCUUCACUUCUCAUUGGCCUAGCUUCAACACAACCUCAAACGGUACCAGUCAUAAACAACAUGGGAGGUGGCUUUACAACUCUGCAGCCAAUCUCAUUCCAGCAGCAGAUUCACACCCAACAACCAAUGCCACAACAGCUCCAGAGUCAUAUGGGUGCCAGUCCAUUUAUGGCUACCAUGGCACAACUGCCAAGUCACAUGUAUAACAAGACUGAUUCGUCUCAGUAUGCUGGGUCCAGUCUGCUAUCGCAAGCCAUGGUAAUCACUGAUAGCAGUAGUCUGGGGACAUUAACCAGCCUCACUUCUGUCAGACAGAUUCUAACAACAGAUCCAGAGGAGCAGACAGAUCCUUCAUUGCAGGAAAAUUCUCUGCACCUGCAGUCUCACACACCUGUACCAGCAUCAAGCCAGAGCCCAGAGCUCUAUCCUGCCUCCCAGACAACAGACAACCACCCGUCUCAUCUCUUGUCAACUUCACCGACAGACAUUAGCUCUUACAUUCCUGCACAAAUGGUCUCUACAGCACAGUAGUGCUGCGACCCAGCAAUGCCUCUGCAACACCAAUGUGACCAAGAAGCUUUUUUGGAAAGGAAUGUUGCCUCUGAAUCAAAUUUAACAAGUUCUGAUGAAAGGACAACAAAAGGUUUGAGGGUUUUAAACAGUAGAAUAUGAACAGGUAUUCGUGAUGGAAAAUAUUAGCUUUUCACACAGAAAAUCACCAAAUUAUAAAGUAUUUUAUUUACUUUUUUAUAAUCUGGGGAAAUUGUAUGUUCAUUUCAAAUGUGUACAUACUUUGUACAUCUUUUGUGACAUAUCAAGAACAAUAGUAUUAAAGAGCGUGAAUUUA